AUGUCACUGAGCGACUCCUCUGACCCUACAUUGAACCUGGAAGAUACCGUGAGCAAAAUUGAUGACGCUGUUGGAGGUUCAGAUCACGAUACGUCCAGUAUCAUAACAGGGACAUUGGGGAAUGUGGCUGAAAACGCACAAAAUUUGACGCAGACCAUACCCGAUCAACUGGUCCAUAUAAAAUCCAAUGUCUCCGAAAUGUACGCAAUUGGGCUGUGGGGAUACUGCAGAGGUACUCUACAAGAAGGGGGAGUAGACUUUACGGAUUGUACAAAGCCGGACUCCUCAUUCUGGUUCAACUUCACUGAAGUUCUUGAUCUUGGAGAUUCAUGGGCGCAAAAGAUGUUCCCAAACCAGGUGGAGAAGGUCGUGGGUGCAUACAAGGCCGCGUCAAAGGGGGUUAGGGCUACGUACAUUGCUGCAAUGUCAGCGACGAUACUCACUCUAGGAUCCGGUGUAAUAACCAUGUUCUCUGGGCAGCUAGGCAUCGUCGUGCGCGUAUUUUCACUGGUAGGUGACUACCACCACCCUCGUUAA